AUGAGCUACAGCGGGAAUAUGCCAGACUGGCAUCAGUAUAAUCCCCCUCAGCCAGGACGUACAACAGCGACGUCCCAACCUCAGAAUGCCACCUCGUCACACCACUUCAUCUCCAGUAUUAGCCCUUCAGCGCUGGACGGAAUAAACCUCUCAUCAGCCCAACCACCGUCUCUAAAACACCAGCAAAAUGAGGUCAACUACCCUCGCAACUACUCCGCCUCGACUCUCCCAGGUCCCUGUCCCACAAGCACCUCCCUGCCUACCCCAGGGCACAUUCCCCCUCUCCCAAACUGCCCGGGGCACUAUGGGACCUCCUCCCGACCUUCAAUGAUAGAUCCUCCUUCCUUGCACCCUCCACUCCCUAUCCCUGAACCUGAACUGCCUCACAGAACCCCCCAGAUGCCCUUCUCCGCCUCCUCCACCCAUCCAAACACAAGCUUAACAGUGAACCCCAGCCUCCACACAGGGGGUCUCACCGCUCAGACUUCUCCAGUGGCUCCUCUCUCUCCAGGAAGACAAGCCUUCGCAUGCAAGCUCCCCUGCUGCAAUCCUGACACCCAAAUGGCCUAUCAGCACUGGGAAAAGUACAACCACUACCAGAGCAAUUCGACCUACCGGGAAAAUCUCCAGAGACCAACUUACCCAAUGGAGACCCGACGGUACGUCCCAGAAAUGAACCUGCGAAAAGACUGCGCGGAGAGUAAAGAGCACCCAGGCACAUCCUUUCCAGGGAGCUCAUUGGACCAUCGACGACCCUACGACUACAAAUAUCGGAAGGAAAUGUCGAGAAAUUAUUCUUCUGGAAUGCACCCCACAUAUCAAAUGCCGAACUACAAUUUCCCGAGUGAUUGUCAGAAGUGUCCACACUCGGUGAAAGACUACAUGAGACGGAGUGGAACGUCUUCGUCGAUGAACCAGCAGAAUCAACAGAUGAUGAAGUAUCCAGAGCAGCAAAUGCCCCAGAAGUACAAUUCCAAAUUGAAUUAUCAAAAUGGAAGUCAUCAGCCUGGAAUGCCAGCAACCAGCACAGCGAAUCUUCCAUCCUCCCUUCAAAAUUCUUACUUCAAUUCGCCGAUAUCGAGGGACGUACCCCGAGAGUUUCCCCGGGAGUAUCAGGAAGCGAACGCAAGCAACAGGAUGCCCCCCGGAAAUCCCCCGAUGAUGCAUGGUAGUUACCAAAAGUACCACGUCUACCAGCAGAAAAUUGCGAUGCAGAGAUUCUCCCUGGAGAAUCAUUUGAGGGGAAUAUCGAGGGUUCCAGGGUACCAGUCCCACCCGAAGUAUCAAGAAUGGAUGAUGAGGUAUCGAGAGAUAUUGAGGCUCCAACAAAAUGUUGACUGUCAGAAUUUCCUGCAGGAGCCGAAGAUCCCUCCGACGAGUCCAAACGCUCCAGUCCCACCGAUUAACCUGCAGUUCGAUCAAAACGGAUGCCUCAUCAACUCCUCUUUCGCCCACAGUCAUUACCCGGGAAUGCAUAAUCCAGUGAACCCAGCACCCAAUGCAGAAACCUCAGAGUCAUCACAACAAGCCCCGGGUAACGUGAUAAAUCCCCUGGAGCAGAACCUCUACAAACACCCAGACCAAUCGAUGAGCUUGCCACGAGAUGAGGCCCUCCAUCACCUCCCCAACAACGUACCUGGCCACUAUCAAAUACCAGAGAAUCCGAAUGAUAACUUCGAGAACAUGAUCGUCGAUGUAGACAGCAUAGACCCAACGAGAACGAUGACAGCAGGCACCGACACAAUGUCAACGACAACAGCCUCGACAGCUGACCUAGCAAAUUCCAGAGAAUUCACUGACAAACCGCAGUUGGACGUGCGACAGUUUCUCGCUAAUUGGGACGAAACGGAGGAGGAGGAGGGGAAUGCCAACACACAGGAAGUAUCAAAUAACUCGAGUUCAGUUAUUGCGAGAAAUAUGAGGGAGGCGAAUGCACAGAGUCAUAACAGCAAGGUGCCUAGUCUCCGGGAGAGCCAAAUACCGAUGCAGAAUCAGAACCAGAACCAGAAUCAGAACCAAAACACGAAUGCCAGUCUAAAUCGGGGUCAAAUGCAGAGUCAGAUUCAGAAUGAGCACCAAACGACGUUGGACACAUCGCCAGUUGCCCCAAAUCCCAACACAAACCCGAAGACAGGUGUAAUUGGAGCAACUGAGGUGGAGAACAUGGCGUCAAAUGGAUUGAAGACCAUCGAAGAUUUCACUAGCUCCGGAGCGAUAGUCCAGUGCAUUCAAACUGACAGCAGUGAUAUUCCAACGAUUCACAUUGUCGAUCAUUUGCCUCAAGACUCGGAAUUAGCAACAAUUCAGACUGUCUACGGUGACGUGACGUCUUUGAGUAUCGAACAGAUAGCAUCAGCCCCAAUGGAGAUCAUCAACGACAAUCAGGAGGCUGAGGAAACGAUCACUCUAUUUGGCCAAGACACCGGGGUGUGCUCAAAAGAGCCAGUGUGCUCCAACGAAGAGCCUAAGGAAGCUUCAGCUGCUAUCGAACAGGUGGGCUCGAUGGAGCCUUCACCCUCCUUGAGGAGUCCUGUCAAUUUGACGACUAAUAAUGUGAGUAAUAACAGUGGGAGUAGCCCUAUGGAGACUCAGCAAGAUCCUCCACCACCUCAGGACACUGAUGAAGCCCCUCAGAAGAGUCAAACAAGUGCGGCAACUCCUUUAUCAACAUCUUUAACAACUUCCCUAGCAAGUUCAUUGAGGAAACAACACAGUUUUGCGAGUGAGGAGUCUCACAAUCCGGACGACAUCAGUCUCCCAGAUCUACCAAUGUCCGAGUGCACUCCAAUAUCAACUACCCUGAAUACUCCGAUACAUUCAGACAGUGAAGAGUCUUCUGGGCACGUGGAGAACCUCUCAAUAUCCACGAAUCCUAUAGAGAUAAUUCAAAAUUCUCCAAUAAUAAGCUUCACCCAUUCCCCCUUGAAAACUGAUCCCUACAGUAAUCUUGAGACUAACAGAUUAUCAGAAAAACGUCCACACGAUUCUCUGGGCUUUGAUUUCGGUGGUAAUUCGAGUAACAAACCGGCGGAGAUCGAGAGCUUCGAGAUUGCCAGAAGAUCGUCAUCAGAAUCUCGUCCAUCAUCUUCGAAGAGUCCAGAGAAGAGUGACGAUCACCUAAAAGUGCCUUCGUUGAAUGACCCUGACAAGUCUGAUAAGGAUCAGGAAUUUUAUCCAUCGUCUGAUCCUGUAAUGGGAAUGAACAAAACAAAAAAGAAUUCAACCGAGAUAACAGACUCAUCUAACGAUAUUACCCAAGUUGGUGAGUGUUCAGUGGCUUCAUUAAAUAAUAAUGCAGCGCCAGGUACUCCAGUCAGUCGUAUUUUAUCAACUGAUGAGAUCGACACUGGCAAAUGUCCAUCAAUUAUUGAUACCGAGGACUUUCAGCCUACGGAUGACCUCGAUAAACUGUGCAAUAUAUCACUGGAUAGCUCCUGCAUGAUGCCAUUAAUACCGGAGGACUCUCAGGGGCCCAGACUGUCAGCUGUUACGAUCGAUGGUCUCACAAACGUUCUGCCAAUUACUAAUUUGGAUGAACUUGACUCGUCUGACGACGAGGAUAAGGAUAAUAAUGAAUGGGUGGAGGUUGGGUCAAUGGACGGCUGUGCAGAACCCAACAGUGCUAAUGAUAUGAUAAUCAUGCCAAAUGAAAAUCCAAGUAUUGAAGUUACGUUACGAGAGACUGAGCACGUGAGUGAGGAUAAACAAGGAAAGAGUAAACCUGAAAAGACUAAAUACAUUCGUUCGAUAUUUGACACCUCUGAGGAUUCGCAGAGCACUGGGUUCGAUGGUUUUAUGAGGAGGCGGGAGGAGAGAAACACCAAAGAUGUUUUGAACGCAUUAACUGAAUACAGAAGAGACAGACUAAAUAUUCUGGAGAAUGUAAAUAACACUAAAAAUCAAAUGACCAGCGAAAUUGUGUUUGCCGAGCCUCAGGCUGAUAAUCAGCGUGUUGACUCAUCAAUUAUCAGACGGAGAUCCUUCGAAGAACCACCAAGAGAGACGCAAAAAGAGUCAACCACCGAUAAAGACCAAAUAAUUCGAAAGAACGAGUCUUUGAACAUCGACGUCUGCAAAAUAACGCAGAGUUUUCGGAGAACCCACAAGGAUACGGGUGUUGAAAUCCACGUGGCGAACAUAAAUGUUGAAAAACUGUGCAGCUCCACUAGUGAACAAGUGGAUGCUAUUGAAAUAAAGAUAAACGUAUCGAGGCACGACAAGAAACGUCGAUUCAAGGGCCUAGAAAAAUCGGAGGAAAGAGUGAAUGAAAUAAAGAAAAGUUAUUCUACAAAAUUUGAAAAUGGAAAUUAUCGGCCUCAAAAGAUAUUUCCUCGCCGAAGAAUAUCGAAUCCUGAAGCGACAGUACCGAAAACAUCAAGCAAACAUGUUCGAAGGAGGCACAGUGGGGGCCACUAUCGAUCCCACCGAAAAUCUACUGAAGAGAGAAACCUAGAGAGAAGUCGAUUGGAGUGCCUUCCAAAGCUCCAGCCUCUUCCAAAAUCGUUGAACAAAUCGGAAACGAGUGAGAUGAGUUUCUCGGAGGGUCCAGUCUCCUCCUACGACGACUCUCAGAUCUCCACAGGGAUCUCUGUGCCCACAGAAGCCCCAAACACCUGCGACAGUCAAUGUACGGAGGAAGAAAGUCCUUUUGGAGACAUGGAAAUGUCGAAGUCGAGAAACCCAAGUCGAAGAGCUUCAUUAGACUACGAGAGCUUCGCCCCAGAGUUCGAUGAGCUGGAGAACAUGGCCUCGAGGUCAUCCCAGUCAAGACUGCCUGAAGCCUCUCUACUGACACCUCUCGUAACCCCGGGACCAUCAAACACAUCCCAAACCGACGACCUCUGGUCCAAAAUGAAUUUCUCCAUCGACACAUCAGCCAUGGACUUUGAUAACUUCGACGUGGCUCCCAACGAUAAUGUCAAUAACUUCCCUAUUGAGGACAGAACCUCCUCGUCAUUGACAGAAGAUCGUGCCUUGAGUAGAAGAUUAGAAGAGUGUGAGAAAUUCAGGAAUCCUUACUCGAAAACUCCUGGUAACGAGUCUCCAGAGGUGAACCUCAAUGCAGUUCCCAUUUACACAACCAAAGAUGGUAAAAUAAAAUACAGCCCUAAUCCCAGGUACACAUACAGGGUUCUGAUAAUGGAGGGGAGACAACGAGAGGGAUUACCUCGUGAUUUUUUACGAGAUAAUCCUUUCAGUGAAAAAGAAACGAAAGAUCAUCAGGGAAAAGGAUUGCAAAAACGAAAGCAUGAGUCACCGAAUAAGGAAGAACGAAGGAAAUACUGUAGUGAGUACAGUGCAGUGAGAUUGAAACAGUCAUUAUCAAGGAGAAAAUUAGAUGAUUCCUCCUGGAGGACCAAUAGAUCGAGUAAAUACGACAGAUGGAGAGAACGACCUCCAGAACUGGAGAGCGAUGAAGUCUCGAUUGAAUCCAGUAAGUCAGAAUCUCAUAAUAUUUUUUUAGGGAGGAAACCGGAGGGAUUGAACACUGGAGAGGAUUUGACUGGUACCUCGAAGAGAAAGAGUAGUUCAAACUCUGAUGGUGAGCGAGGAGUCGAAUGUCUAAUGGUUGGUUCGAUAAACAAUCUCUCGGUUGUGAGCCAGGACUCGAGAACUGAGGUGAUAUUAAACAGUGCGAAGUGUGUUGAAACUAGUAUAUUCAAUGGAGACGAAUUGGAAUUGUUUUCGAGGAAUGAAACACCUGAGAAGGUGGAUGGAGACCAGAGUGCAGUGGAAGAACCAAAAGACACACCAUUGAACAAUUUUGAGGAAAUUGUUGAGGAUAAAAUAAUGGAUAUUGAGAAGAAGAGGAGUGAUCUGGUACCUGAAUUGAGUGAUGAGGAGAGCAAGGACCCCAAGGAUGUGAUUGAAUUUUUUAAACCACCUUCUAGUGUUGAUAUCGAGCAAGAUUCUCAAGCUAUUUUAACCGACAGUGGCCUUGAAUCAUCCACGACGUACACUGAGGGUACUAAAGAGCCUAAACGAUUGUCAAUAUGGCAACGAGAGAUGAUUUCAAAUUCCGAGAGGAAUUCAAUAGUUAGAAGAUUCGAUAAACAUCCGGAAAUCAUCUCUGAGACCAAAAAUUUAGAGUCCGAAGGCGAUAAGAAAGAGAAUAUAGAGGAGAAUAUAAUAGAUAUAAGAGAAGAGUCCAAAGAUGAAGACAAAGAUGAAGUUGAAGAAAUUAUCAAUGACAGAAUGGAGGAAACAAUUCAGAGGGAUGAGGAAAUUGUUGAAAAAAUUAGCGAGGUUCCAGAAUGUGAUCUUUCUCGCCCGGAAAAUCGUGAAGAAGUUGAAGAACCAAAAAUCCCCGACAUAAGGAAUCUAGAGGCGUUAUUCCCAAGGAAUUGCCAGAAUAAUUUUGAAAGUAAUAUUCUUAAAGGUUUGGACUUGGCUUUUCCAAGUCGACGAAUUGCGAAGCUCGAGAAACCAAAAAUUAGCAUCGAGAUUGUAAGAGAAGAGUCAACAAUUAAUGAGGAAAGUGCGUCCAAGCCUGUGAGAAUAUUCGAGGGACAUUCGUCAAGCAUCUCUUCAAGUAGAAAAUCCGAAGUGCCUUCUAGGAGAGCGUCGAGCGACGAAAUGAACAGCUUUAGAGAGAAAAUUCCCUCUUUCAAGUCGAAAUUCGAGUUUUUACCAUUGAAUAGAUUAUUCUGCGACUUCAGACCGAUCGAAAAAAAUGAUAACAUCCCAGAGGAGCGGCAGAACGUCGAAAUGAGAGAAGAAGAACAAAAACCACAAGACAAAACGUCAACGAGAAUCAUUGGGGAUUCCCAGACAACUGCGCAUCGAUUUGAAAAGCCAGAAGUGCCUCCAAUAAAUCCAGUCAAACUCUCCGCAGUUCCAGCGCACAAAAUCACCCAAGUGGAUACACCUGAGAUCUCUACAGAGUCAGAAGUCUCGACUUUCGAGGAGACUCUCAGCUCCACUCAAUUCGGAAGCGAAUACGCAGCGUCUAAACAGGACGAGGGCAGCAGCACUGGAGUAAACUUUCUGUCAACUUCGAGUCAAGAAGCUAUUGAUGCCACUGACCUUAAGGAGGUGCGGAAGAACCUCGCGUUAUGUGCCUUGGACGACAAAUCAGAGACAAUCGUAAAUUCAAUGAGAAGUCCUCAAAAUAAAAACGACGCGCGAGAGAAAAUUUUAACAUUCUCUGGACGAAAUUCUUCGGAGAGCGAGGACGAUUCAAAUGCUCAGGACGGAUCACCAAUCGGAAAAAACUUCGAAGAAGAAGAAUCGAGACACGAUAAAAAUCAGGAUAACGUGCUGAAUUUUUCGGGGAAGAUUCAGAGUCCACAGGCUCCGUCAGAGUCGCAUACCUCUUCCCCCGCUCGGGUAGAGUUACCUGAAGAAACAGAAGAAGCCAGUAAAGUUUUGAACUUCUCCGGAAAAAUACCGAGUCCCAAAAAUUCAGAGGAUUUCUCCCCAAAGUCUGAUCAUAAAUUAGAGCCAAGCUCAAACAAAAAUGAAGAAAUCGAGAAUCUAACAUUCGCGGGGAGAAUUCAAAGUGAGAGUCCUCCAAAGAGCCCAACGACCUUCGACAAGAUCCCAAAGUUCAUCAUAAAAAAGACUGACUGCUCAUCGAGAUCCUCCUCGAUCUCCCAGAUAUUUCCCUCUGACAUAUCAGCCCAGCGGAGUUUCGACAAUUGUGCGUCGUCCUCCCACAGGCUAUCACACCCAAAGAUACCAAAGAUGAUAAUAAGAAACGUGAGAUCUCGCCCUGGUACUCCAACGAUAGAGGAAAACGCUGUGGAACUGUCUUUCCCGAAGACCAAUGAGUCUGAAAAUCAGAAGAUCUUCGAAGUGAAAAUCAAACUCGAUGAUAAAUCCUCCAAGAUCGACACAGACACCCCCAUCCGCAAAUCCCUGGGUAUAAUCGAGUGCAAAGUCCCAAGGAUGAAGAUCAAACUCGAGGACAAACACUCCAAAAUGACUUUCGAGCACGCCUCGAUGGAACUAUCAGGAAACGACUCAGAAUCCUUCACCAACGUUCCGAAAUUAAAAAUCAGAAAGAUAAGAAAAUCAUCUCCCCCUCGCGAUAAGAAAAUCACAGUAUCAUCAAAAGAUAAACUCGACAGUCGUUCCACCAAGCCCAUGACUCUCACAGAAUCGAGUGUAUCAAUGAAAACGUCUCCCCGUUCUUCUGAAAUUUCCGAAAAACUCCUGGACAAAAUUCCGAAACUGAAAAUAAAGAAGCACGAGUCGAGGAAGUCCUCCCCAUCCCCAGAACCCUCGAGGAGAAAACGUCCAAGAAGUCCAGUGGAGUCAUCGUCAAAACGUUCAAAGAAAUCCUCGAAUCGUCAUUACUCUGCAGAGCCUCGAGAUCCCGGACCCUCCCCCAUUGACCUUGAAACAACGACCAACUCCACCACAGGUCUCUCCGAGAAGAUCCCCAAGGUGAUAAUCAAACGAGCCUCAUCCACGUCAGAGUUCAAGUGCGAACUGAGUAAAGAUGGAGCUGAGGGGAUUAUCAGGAACUCCAGAUGGCAGCCAGAGGUAAAAUUGGAGCGCUUCAAGGUCUUGGAUUCAAUAGCCAAAGAGCAGGGAAGUGUACAUCUACCUGUUCACAUAUUGGAGGAAGUAACGAGAUCGUUGGAAGCUGACGAGCGCUCGAGGAACUUGAGGAAAUUCAAAAGAACGUCUUCUGUUCCCUCUAGAAGAGGUGACGAGUCUGACAGGUCUUCCAGCAGGGGCAGAAGACGAUACUCUGACCCGGAAAAGCAGCAGUGUUGUCACGUCAAUGACUCUGACAGUGAGUCAGAUCUUCCAAGGGUAGCUCGAAGAGGCUUCACGAGACGCCUCCAAGACCUCUCAAGUCGAGAAGAAAGCCUAGACACUAGAUCCGAAUUUUUGGCGUUAAUCUCGGCGAUAAAAAAGUCACCUCAGAAAGAAGAAACUCGGCGACCAAUCGUGGAUCGUGAAGAGGUCACCAGAAGUGAGAUGGAGUACCCCAGAAUCAGUUCUAGUCACAGACCUUUGAAGAGCAGCCCCCAGAAGCCAGUGACACCGUUAGCAACAGCAGAAAGUGUCAUUGAUGCUGCUGCAGACACAAAAAGCUCGGAGGAUCAAUCUGUUAUCAAACUCGAGUCUUCUGACGAAAGUCAAACGACUAUAGAGAUGCUUCCAGCGUCCUCAGACAUCUCCCAGCCAGAGUCUGAGGUUCCAACGCCUCUCGAAGGUGAGAGGAGAAUAGCAAACGGUGACAUGGCGAGGUUGUACUCAUCCGACGCAAUUCCAACACAAUUUGAACUCGAACUGGAGAUCGUUGACAACUCUUCAGGGUCUAUGGAGAUUCCCGUCCCUGGAGUCCAGUCAUCACCGUCCAAGGGGCACGACAAAUACUGGAAUUAUCAACAGGAGUGUUCGCCACCUGAUGUUCCUGGACCGAGUUUUCUCGACAACAAUCAUAAAAAUGGAUCAGAACACGUUCACAGCGAAGCUCAGAGCAUUUGCUCCUCCGAUUCGCUGGUGAAGGAUGUUCUUGCUGCCAAGGAAACCUUGAAGAGGUACUUAGCAUCGUCCAAACAGGUGCCUAGUCCUGCUCCGAGGAUGAAGACUGCUGCUGAGAAAAAGCAGUUCUCUGUUUUGGAGUUUCCAGGGCUUUCAGGGAAGGAGGAACGAGUUAAGGGCGAGGAGGAGAGGAGGGUCUUCCAGAAGAGUGUGGGGACGUCUAGGGAUGCUUCUAGGGUGGAGGUGUCGAGGUCUAGGGAGAGGGAGAGAUCAAAAAACAAUAGGAGUUCCGCGUCUUCAGAGAAGAAGGAGCAUGCGGGGCGGAGGGAGGAUUUGAAGGUUUCUGAUAAGGAAAAAAGGCAUAAGUCUAGUCGUGAUUGUACAAAAGAGUUGAAGAGGGAGAGAAGUCACAGUGGAUCGAGCGAGUCGAGCGCCAAGAGGAUGAGGCCGCCUUCCACCUCGGGAUCGUCGAGAAGAGAGUCCACUAGCAAGGCUGAGAGGGUGCGGACGAGUGAUGGAGUGAGCAGGAGCCAUAAGAGGGAGAACUCGUCGAGAUCUCAUGAGGAGGGAAGGAGGGACACCAAGAGGAUCAGUGAGGCGAUGCCGGUGUUGGUGCCCGAGGGGGGCAUUGUUAUUGAACCGAGCCUGAGGGAGACGUCCAGGUCUCCACCUGUCAUCACGAAGCAGGAGAGCAGUGAACUGAACCCAGAAAGCCCGAAGAAAGUGGAGGAGGGUGUCAGGGAAAAGAUUAGGGAGAUUAUCGAACAGGAGAGCGAGGGGAUGACGUUUGCUGAUAUUGUUACCAAGAUGGCUUAUCAUGAAAAGGCAACAAUAAAACACAAAAGAUACUGCAUACUUUGUGAAAGAUGGUUCCCAACAACAGCAAGGCACCGAAGGCAUUUAAGUGGAUACCAGCAUCGUCAUACAGAGCUCACUCAACGCAGAACCGUCCAUGCACUAUUUAUGCUGUUCACUGGAAAGCCAUGUCCAAGAUUACUGCCCGCUAGUAUCGUUAGAACUGACUGUGCACCUGGAGAGGCAACGCCACUUCAAAUCGCCGUUCAGGACGUAGCAAUAAGUCUGGAAAAGGGCGCUGUAGACAAGACGAAAAAAUUAAAUGAGGAGGAUAAAUGAAUAAAAUGUAAGUAGAGAAUACAAAUACAACUGGGGUCGGUGAUUUUAGUUGACUAGCCAAAGAUAUUAGGAAAUGAAAUCAAUUUAAAACGGGAAUACAGGUUUUUCCAAUGUAAGAAAAUUAUAAAAAGUGAAACAAAGUGAAAACGACAAAAAAAGAAUAUAUAUUAAUUGUACAAAAUGAAAUGUUACGUGGGCGUUCGUGGGACUGUGCUCGACGAGUCUUAUUAAACACAUUAUAUUCUACAAUGGAUAUAUAUAUAUUAUAUAUACAUAUUACAAUUUAUAUUUAUUACGGUGAUUUCCGAACGGACUCACUGGAUAUAUUAUACGCAUACACGCAGGUAUGCACGGGUUAUACACGUGUUUUUAAGUAAAUAUUAUGAAUUAUUAGUUGAUCAAUGAUCACUGGGACAAUUCGUGAGCCAUGAAAGGGACACGUUUCUAAAAUCAUUAUUCACCAUUUCUUACCUUUUUAUUUGAGAUAAGGGCGAAAAAUCACCUCGACACGAAGUUUUUAAUACAGUUUAGUCUUUCUGAAGGAAUGUUUAAGCACAUUCUUCGUUUUUAAUAAGCACGAGUGCCUUAAUCAUUUGAAACAGUAUUUCCUCAUGAUUUAAAAGACAUGAACCAGAAAUUGUUCACAAGAUUAUUUUUCAAAAAAUAAUCUAUAAAUUAAAAAUUUGACUUUGAGCACUUAAUGCAUUCCCAUUAUUGUGAAAGACUUUUUCAAAUUAUAAAUGUGAAUCUCCACGCAAAAUUGAGGUUUUAAUUAAACAUGGAGUUAUUGUGAGAAAAUUAAGACUAGCUAUUAACAAGUACAAAGUUGACCACCAGAUUUUUUUUUAGUGUAAAUUUUCAAUUUUCUGGAAAAAUUGGUUUUAAUGAUACAUCACGUGGAAAAUUGAUAUUUUUGCAUACACGUUCGCUUUGUAAUGAAUAUAUUCCUCUUGAGAAUGGAUAAUAAUGCCUAAAAACGUAAACCAAUGUGACCUUAUAGAGAAAAAUAAUAUUGUCAUAAUAAUAAACAUAUAUAAAAAUUCUAUAUUUCAAGAUUGAAACUAUUUUUGAUGGCUAUCGGUUUGCCAAAUGCUAGUGUCGAAUUGAGAUGCUCCAAUUAAAGAUUUACUCUUUGAAUGAAACAAAUAUAAUUCAGGGGUGAAGUGGUGAGAACAGAAUAUGUGAAAUAAAUCUGGAAAAAGACAAAUUAACAAAAUUGGGAAAAUUCAUCAUAGCACCCUUUUUUAGAUUUUACUGUCUGCGGAUAGGCUUCUUGAUAUUUUUUCGGAUCUUCUCAUCUUCUGUUCUUUCCCACUUCACUACGAAAUGAGGAGAAAAAUAAAAAAUCUGUAAUUGUGCAUUUACAUAUUAAACCAAAACAGAGUGAGAAAAAUCUAAAAAAUCUAUAUUCAUUGAUUAAAUAAACACACACAACACUGGUUUCACUAGGGACUAGAGGGAUUUUGGGAAUUCAAUGAUUAGAUGUGUUAACUAACGGUUGUUGUGCGUUCGAUGUGCCUAAAUUAGCAAAAAAGGAAAAGGAAAAUUUAUAAAUAGUAAUAUAUAUUGAGAAGAUGAUUAAUAUAUUAUAAAUAUAUAUUUGUACACAUGUACAAAAAAACAUUAUGUACGGUUUGAGUGAUGACCGUAUCAGAACUGUUAUCGUGAUUCGUACGUGCCGUAUGCCCUAAAUAUAACAGGAUUUUAUUGAUCAAAUGAUUGAAUUAAAUAAACAUAUGGGGGAAAUAAUUCAGCAGAGAAAUGGUGAAACGUAACAGAACGAGUAAAUUUUUCAUGUCUCGUUAAAUAUCAAGUUGACAGAACGAACGUUUUCGGACUGUCAGGUAAUUAUUAAUAAUAAUUAUUAAUAAUGAAAUUUCGAUUGGUUGUACAUCAUUCUGAAAAUAUGCGGUUUUAUCAGAAAAUAUCAAAAGAUAUGAGGUAUUCAUAUUCCGUGCCAAAUGAGUCAACGGCUGACCCUCACCCUCUUGGAAAUUGAUCUCGAUUUUUUCUGCGA